AUGAUGAAUUUUCUUCUUACACCUUUAUUAUCUAUUAUUAUGUUAGCAAUAUCAUUAUCAAUAAAUAGUUAUCCAUUAACUAUAUAUUCAAAUCUCAAUAAUUUAUCUCCUAGUCAAAUUGAUCAUCUUUGCUCAUAUAUUUCCGAUAUUGAAACAAAAAAUAUUCAAUCAUUGCAAAAACGUAUUGUUCGACCAUUUCCAGAGAUGAAUAGAUUUUUAUCAACAAGUCAUAAACUUCAUCAUCAUCAUCAUCAUGUUAAUGCAAAGAGUGGAACAGAAAUAGAAACAAAAAAAUAUGAUUUUCAAGCUUAUUUAUGCAGUAUUUUAAAAGAUUCGGAAGAAAUGACAAAUUUUAUUAGUAUAUUUAUGGAAGAACAUGGACAAACACCAGCAAUUCAUUUAUUUGAAUCAUGUGAAAAAUUAACAAAACGAGAUGACAAAUCAACUAUUCGAUUCAAUGAAAUUUCACAAGUUUGUUCAUCACGAGUUGAUAAACAAUUGAAUGAUUCAAUUGAAAGAUCUAUAACAAAUGAUUUUAUGAAUCAAAUAUUUGAAGAACAAAAAGUGAAAUCAUAUCCAUAUUCAAAUAAAAUAGAUUCGCUUUUAGUGUAA